UCCGCAUGCGAUCCGGUCCUGCGAAAUCAAACACUUAAAGUGCAGAUAACCGAGACAAUAGGGCUGUGUGCUCUGGGACGUGGGAGUCCACGGCUGCCACAGGCGUGGGCCGGGCAGGGGACAGCGCUGAGAAGGGAGGCAUUCCGAGAAACCUGAGCGCGACUGGACAGUCAGCUGGGGCCAGGCGGGCAGUAGCUCUCGGCCGGCGAAGCCAAGGAGGGGCUGGGGUCCGGGCUGAGGGUCGGGGUCGGAUCAGGGCGUGGCUUGGAACUCGGCGACGGAUUGGACGCGAGGGAGCGGGCGGGGGAGUGCCGGGGCGGGGGCGCGGACCGUGCGACCACCCGGACGCGGGCCCGGGCGGCGCCAGGUCCCGGCGGGAACUCUCGGCCAGCCCCGCGAAGGCCCACAAUUACAGGCGCGAGAGGUGUGCGGGGACAGGAGGUGGGGGUCCCGCGCCGGAAGUAGAGAGGGGCGGCCGAGGGGCCGCGAGGCGGAGAGGAAAAGGGGAGCUGCGGUUCCGGACGCCCCUGUCCCCACCGCGGCUGCGGAAGCGAGGCUCCUCCAGGUGGCGGGGACCGGGCGGAGCUCGCCCAGGUGGUGGGGGCGGGACGCCGCGACGGGGGCGUGGCGGCGGGACCCCGCCUCCCGGCCUCCCCGGGCCGCUCCGGAUCGGCGCUGCCAGACGCUCUUCUGCUCCCGCCCUGGUCGCCCGGCCGUGGGUCUAGGGCGCGGGGCCGCCCAGUCUGCGGCGUGACGGGCUGCUCAGUCUGAGGGCUCCCCUCCCCGCGAGGCCAGGCCUGCCGCCGCCUUCCUGACAGCCCCUUUUGUCCCAGAGGCCGCCAGCGUCUUCACUCCCACCCGGAGCGGCCCGUCGCACCGCCUGCUUCGGAAGCACGCGAGCGCAAAGCCAAGCCCGCCGCCCAACGAAUGGAGCUGCCUCACUGUCCAAUCUGAUCGCCCAGGUCACCACACCCCAGCACCGACCUCCGGCCAGGUCUUAGCAGGGGCCCCACCCUGCAAACACGCCCGCUGAUGGUCACCAUGGGCCAGUGCUACUACAACGAGACCAUCGGCUUCUUCUACAACAACAGUGGCAAGGAGCUCAGCUCCCAUUGGCGGCCCAAAGAUCUGGUUGUGGUGGCGCUGGGCCUGACUGUCAGCGUGCUGGUGCUUCUCACCAACCUGCUGGUCAUCGCAGCCAUCGCCUCCAAUCGCCGCUUCCACCAACCCAUUUACUACCUGCUUGGCAACCUGGCCGCAGCUGACCUCUUCGCCGGUGUGGCCUACCUCUUCCUCAUGUUCCACACAGGCCCACGCACAGCCCGGCUGUCACUCCGGGGCUGGUUCGUGCGGCAGGGCCUGUUGGACACGAGCCUGACGGCCUCCAUGGCCACACUCCUGGCCAUUGCUGUGGAGCGGCACUGCAGUGUGAUGGCCGUGCAGCUGCACAGCCGCCUGCCCCCGGGCCGGGUCAUCACGCUGAUCGUGGUCGUUUGGGUGGCCGCGCUGGGGCUGGGGCUGCUGCCCGCCCACUUCUGGCACUGCCUCUGUGCCCUGGACCGCUGCUCUCGCAUGGCCCCCCUGCUCAGCCGCUCCUACCUCACCGUCUGGGCGCUGUCCAGUCUGCUCGUCUUCCUGCUCAUGGUGGUCGUCUACACCCGCAUCUUCUUCUAUGUGAGGCGGCGAGUGCAGCGAAUGGCCGAGCAUGUCAGCUGCUACCCCCGCUACCGUGAAACGACGCUGAACCUGGUCAAGACUGUUGUCAUCAUCCUAGGGGCAUUUGUGGUCUGCUGGACGCCGGGCCAGGUGGUGCUGCUCCUGGAUGGUCUGGGCUGCAAGUCCUGCAACGUCCUGGCAGUGGAGAAGUACUUCCUACUCUUAGCCGAGGCCAACUCACUGGUCAAUGCCGUGGUGUACUCGUGCCGUGAUGCUGAGAUGCGCCGCACCUUCCGCCGUCUUCUAUGCUGUUGGUGCCUCCGCCCGUCUACCCACGAGUCUGUUCGCUACACAACCGCCACCCACACGGGCACCAGCACUCGCAUCAUGCUUCCUGAGAAUGGCCAUUCCCUGAUGGACUCCACCCUUUAGCUAACCUUGAACUUCAGCAGGGUACAGCAAAUGCCACAUCGCUGCCCCGGGCCACUGUGGAUGCGCCUGGCUCUACCCAGUCUGCGGGCCAGACUUAAAGGCAGACCGUCAGUCUGACAUGGCAUGAACCACUGCCAGCCCUACCCAGGCACGCAGCUGUGUCUGUCUCUGAGCCUGCGGGUUAGGGUCAUCUAUGCAACUGGGAGAGAGUUGAAUGGGGUGCAAGAAUCAGGUUCUGAAGGUUGGGGGGCUUUUUAACAGACACUUUUUUUUUCCUGCACAGGCCUGGUAACCCCUGUGGACUGCUUUCUUGUCUGUGGUGGCGUGGAUGAUAAAGAUGAGAGAGAUGAGGACUCUCGGGCCAUGCAGCCCAGGAAAGCAGGGUAACACGGACGGACUAUGGGUGCCCCAUCUGCCUGAGGCUGACUGUUUAGGGGCACAGACAGGAGUGCUGAGUGUGAUCUGGGAAAGGUCUAUGACCCCUUGCAGCCUCCAGGGGUCUUGCCUGUCCCCAUGAGAACUGAGGCGGUCUACAAGGAGGGCGUGAUUUAAGGAGUAAACUUUUCUACUCGGA